AUGGGUGGCGGUCAAAGGUUCCGUCUGCCGGCGUCUCUGAAACGAACAAAAUCCAAUGCUCCAAACCAAGGCCGGCAGCCAGAAGGAAAUGAAUACAAAGUACAGCAUCUGCUUGGGAUCACUGAAACUGAUUUCAACACGGUACGAAACCAGAGCAUUAGCUCUUCAGCCACUGCAAGAUUGCCUGCCUUGUCAUUUUCAGAUGCCACAACCGAACUGGGCUCUUCUCAUCCCCCAACGGAACAGCUGGAUGCCAGUGCAGAUCUCAACUUGAAAGCGUCGUCUGUGUUAUUGCACGAGGAAUUCUUGCUCAAAGCAGAUGCUGCGGGCUCAACACAUUCCAAGCGCCUCAAAACAUACGGCUCAUCCUCUACCAUGAACUCGUAUUAUGAUGCCUAUAAGGCGCCAUUAGCGGUGUCACAACAGACUUCUGAGUCCUCCCGACGGGAUUUUGCUCUCCGAAAAGGAACCCCGGUGGUCAUCAAAUCUACGACUCCGGACAAGGGCUCUCCGCGUCAAUUGAAACUUUUUAGCCGCUCUAAAAGUGACAGUAAAUCGGGAACGAAGAAGCUCACGAAGCACAGUUCUCAAUCUGAGGAUGCUGCCGCCAAGAUGUUGUUUAGCAACCAACAUUCCAACAUGCCCUCUAAUCAAAGUGGAUCUACAAGGCAUUUACAUACGACCCAUCAGUCUAAGACACAAAAGGGUGUGCGCUUCCAGUCUGAGCAUCCUGCAACAUCGGUCGGUGCAGAGAAGUCCAAACCAUCUAUUACUCCUUCUCGACAAGAAACUUCAUACAUAAAGAUGAAUAUCAGACGGCCUAAAGCUGGGGCAAAGCACUGGUUCGAUGGACUCGAAGGUGACAGCAGUGAUGACGAAAGCGUCCAUGAGCCCGAACUGCAACCAAGCUUUGUUGCAGGAAUGGAAAUGGCAUUCGAAGGACGUAGGAUCGGUGUUUUGACAAAUGAGGCAUCUAGCGUCAGGACACAAACGCCGGAGACAAUUAGUCGAGCUGCAAGUUCGAAAGCACCAUCCAGUCACUUGCUCCCUUGUUCAACAAUCCCCUCCCGCGUCUCAACCCUCAAUGCCAAAUCGUCAAGAUCUACCCUUUCCUGGGCCGAGUCACAGCAAACCUCAUCAAAACCAAAAGCAUCGUCCCUAGCGUCUACCGAUCUCCACAAAACCAGCAUCCUCGACUUGUCCUCUUCUGAUGAUGAAGGUGAUGACAAGCCACAGCCAUUGCCAAACCGCAGAGUAUCUGGGAGUGUUCCUCUUCCGCUGCUGCGGGACAGCAUAGCUGUGGAAUCACUGGCGGAUUCAGAAAUUGAGGUAGGGACGGCUAAAGCAGUUAGCACAAAACAAAGUGCAACUGUAAGAUCGAGGGCGACGCCGAAUCUGCGGCGUGUUCAUGGCAGUCAUCUUCGGGGCUCUGCAUCAUCAUUAUCGAAGCCUUCCAACCAGCGACGAAGCCAUCGAUCAACUUAUCUUAGCGACCAAUCUUCCAAUCCUCCGCCAGAAGAUGACGACUUGCUUACUUCGUUCCCUGCCAUCCCCACGGACCAAGCAUCCUCGCACCGCCCAUCCUUCCACGAAUCUUGUUUGUCCGACACCGCAAGCAUUGAAAGCAGGAGAAUGAUGAGCGUUACCCGACAAGAAGAAUCUCUUUUGGCUGCUAUCCGUUCGAGGAAAGCAGUCCUUGGCCGACCAUCCAACGGUGGUGUGGCAGACCAAAGGAUACGGGCACUGCGAGAGACGGAGACCAAAUCGACGAAGCAUCAACGCCCUCCGCGGAUCUCCGCAGCGUUGGAGGUCCAGCUAACUUUACAUGGGAGGGCGCAGAAGCAGUCAAGAUCUCCACAUACAGAUGCCAACUUUGACCAGGCCUCUUGCACGACUUUCCAGACAGGGCUGUCGACAGAACCUAGCGGGCGAUACUCACUCGCCAGCUUUCAGACCGGCACUUCCAUCGAGCCAGAGACCGAAGCGUCGUCCUCGAUGGCUAUGUUUUCGCCUAAUCUACUUGCACCAUCGAAUGGUGCAGUCAGUAGGAUGAGCCGUUCGACCUUUUUUUCGACGUCGAGCAACAGUUCGAGGGACAACUCACGAAGUCGACGGGAGAGCCACUAUCUAGCCACACUGGAGAAGCUACAGGCGGCACCAAAACGAGAAGAGGUCUCUUCCCAAGACUUCAUUGAUUUUCCUUAUAAUGGUUGGAUGAAACUUGCAGCAGCAGCGCAUUAG